GCCAGGUAUAUGCAAACAUAGCGCCUGUAUACUGUGUUUCCUUCUUAAUCAAAGAUUUCUUAGCAGGCUGCCGGGUAACAAGUGAAUAACACUUUCAUGGCUUAUUUUAUACACAUUUUGAAAAUAAAUUCUCUUAAUGGAAUCUACACGAACAAACCUGCAAUCCUUGCGGAGAGACGCCAUUACUCAGGCGUUUGCGAAAACGAAGAAAGAAGUAUGUUUCCCAGAGGGAGAGCUAGUGUUCAUCACGGAGGAUCGGCUUGAUGACGCUCUCUCCAUGCCUAGACAAUGCUUCAUUGACGAUGAGCCGAUGGGGAAGAGUAUCGGUGUUCAGUUUACUGAGGAGUUUAAACUCUAUUGGCUUACUACCUUCAGACAGGGGCUAUCCUUUAUGCUGGUAAAUCCAACUAAUGGAGAUAUUAUGGGCUUCCGCGGUAUUUGUACGGCAUUAAAGGAGGACAAGGAGGAGGUAAAUCAGAUAAAGGAUGCUUCCUUACGAAAAAUAUUUUCAAUUCUUGGGCUCCUUGUAAAAGAAGCUGACUUUUUCGGAAGAUAUGACAUCGAAGAAUGCUUUCAUUUUUUCGGUCUGGGAGUAGCAAAGCAGUACAGGAAAAGGGGAAUCGCAAAGAGACUAAUGGAGGCAGGAAUAGUUUUCCUUAGAAAUUUAGAUGUUGACCCCGUGUACAUUAAAAGUGAGGGCACGUCCAACUUUUCACAGAAAACCUUUGAACAGUUGGGAUUUGAAACGCUUGCCGAGAUUAAGUAUGAAGAAUAUGAAGUUGAUGGCGAAGUGGUGUUCAAGAACACGGGGGAACACAAGUCUGUAAAAGCGUAUGGAAUGAAAACAAGUAAAGCAUAACAUUCACGUAAAAGUUAUAAAGUAUGUCUCGAAUGUUUGCUAAAUACAUUUAUGUUUAUAAACGUAUACUAUGUGACAGUAUUAAGAUCAAUGAAAACUAAAACUCCAAUUGAACUUAAAAACAUUAACGAUUUAUGGAUGAAUAUGCCGUCAUGUGCAAGUUUCAUUUGUGUCUAUUUGUCUUGGUGCAGACUUUUAUAAUAGGCUCUUGAAGAUGGUGGAGGGGCCGUAGUGCAGUGUUUCAACUCGCAGGUCCAAUGUUUAGUGCUGCUUAAACUUGCAGGUAGUGAUCUUGUUGUGACAUAACCCGUGAACUGACUCGCAGGUCAGUGGUCUAGUGGUGAUAAAACCCGCGGAUCCGUGGUAUUGUGUUGAUAUAACUCAAAUGUAUGUGGUCUAGUUGUGAUGAAACCCUUGGAUCCGCUGUCUUGUGUUUCUAUUACUUGCACGCCUGUCCUCUUGUGGUGAUACAAUCCGCGGAUCCAUGGUCUGUGUUGACAUUACUCGCAUAUAUGAGCUGUGGUGAUAAAGCCCGCGGAUCCGUGGUCUUGUGCUGAUAUACCUCCCAUGUCUGUGGUAAAGUGGUGAUAACAACCGCGGAUCCGUUGUCUUGUACUGACAUUACUUGCAUGUCUGUGGUUUAGUGGUAAUAAAACCGGCAGAUCCUUA